AUGGCACGCAGCAAUGCGAGGGCGCGCCGCAACACUCACCAUGCAGGUGGUCACCCGAUCCUCAACGGCAAUACUGGAGCUCCAAGCACCUCAAGACGUUCGACUGGAUACCACGGCCGUAACGGUCGUCAUGCCACCAACGUGCCACGCACUCCAGCUGGAGGUUCCAACGUUCAUGGUAAACAAAUCGGGCCCCUUGUUCUGCUGCUACUAGCUACUAACAUGAGUACCGGUGCCGUCAACAACGAGACCAGCACUGAGCCGGCUAACAGCGCGUUUACUACGCCUGUUCAUCGUCGCAUGAUCAACUCCAGUCCAGGUCCGCUGCCUACUCCAUUCAGUGGCUCGCGAUUGUCUCAGGUCGUACCUGAAGCCCAACGCCGCCCAUCACCGAUGACACCAACUGGUCACGAGUCUCCCGGCUCCUUCACGACGUCGCCCACUCCGAUUCGCAUGGUGAACAUUCCCAAGCGCAACAGUGUCGAGGAGCAAUAUGUUCUGCCGAGCCUAGUCAAAUCCAAGCCCACCGUCGCCAAGCGUGCCACUCCCAGGAAGCGCUCGAACAAUUGGGGCAGUGACGACAUCGCUGUCUUGCGUCGCGUGUCCAACCCUAGGCUCCGUGCCGUCCUCACCAACAGCCGUCUUCCGAGGCCUCGUCAGAAGGCAGCCGGGGAGCUACCUAUCCUCAGGAUGAGCCGCUCCAAGGAAUCCAAGCGCAUGUAA